GAGCCUACCCCGCCGGCUGCUCCUCCGGCGGCGGGAGCACGGCGGGUCAGCGCGGAGCAGCGCGGAGGGCAGCGCAGGCGGGGCAUAAUACACAAUGGAUUACUUACUGACUUUGGACUGGUAUCAGUCAUAGCUGUGGGUCUGUAAAAACACACUUAUAUUAACUUCUUAAAAAUGAAUGGGAGGUCAUGCAGUAUGAGCCAUCGGACAACAGGUGUUCCUCAUGGACCUAAGAUGACCAGUGGACAGCAGAUCCCACCUAUCAGAGUUUAUGCAGGAACAACCUGCCCAUCUUCAACUAGCAGCACCCCAAGCCCAGGAAUUGGAAACUUGUCUGCCAGCCUACACUUAAAGAUGCCCCUUGGAGGAGGGGUUGCUCCUCAGAGCAGCAUCAUUGACGGUACUAUUCACCUUCCUGCUCUAAGUCCCAGGAAACAGGUGGUUACAAAUGGGAAGCCUUUAUUACAAGUCCCACUGCCCCCACAGCUGCCAGCCCCAUGGUCUUUAAAACCAAAACAGCAAGAAUUUGGAAAUGCUUUCUCCCCAUGCACAGAUGAAGGAAAUCUUGGUUAUGGACCCCAGAGCAAGUCCAUUGGAAAAGGCAGCUGCAGCAAUGUAAUUGUCACCAACAGUCCCAUCACAGUUCAGCAGCUGGGACCUGUUUCACCUCCUGAUAAUCAGGUUUCAACAGCGUGCAACCAGAUCAGCCCUAGCUUACAGAGGUCUAUGGAUGCUUCCAGUCUGAGUGCUUCUUCUUCAGAUACAAGGUCGUUCCUGUCAUGUGAGUCUCUGGCCUCCACAACAUUAAGCUUGUCAGAAAGUCAGUCUACUUUGAGUGUGAAGCAGGAGUGGUUGCAUGGGUACAGGACACUUCCUUCUGCUACUCCUGACCAAGGUUUACAAAACGGCAGUGAGCUGGGGGACUUCCUAAAUUUUUCACCUGGAACAUCUGUGUCCAGUCACUGCAUCUCUAACUCAUUACCAUCCUACUUACAUGGCAUGGAAAAUAAGAGUUCCCCUUACUCUAGUCCUCACCAUUCCUCAGCUCGGUCUCAACCAACCCACCCCAAAAAGAGAGCACUCUCUCUAUCUCCUCUCUCUGAUGGCAUUGGGAUCGAAUUCAACACAAUCAUCCAUACAUCCCCAAACUCUCUGGUGGCCUACAUCAACAGCUCCAGGACAUCACCGGGAAACGUCUCCCCACAGCCUGAGGUCUAUGGACAUUUUUUAGGAGUGAGAGGAAGCUUUAUACCCCAAAAUUUCUCUAUCCCAACUGCCCAGAAAGGCCUUCUCGUGGCUAAUGGCAAUGUCACCUUCCCAGGGUACAUUGAGAAUGGGGCUGGUGAGUACCAGCGGAUGCAGCAGCUGGAGCAAGCCAGCUUGCAGAUGGCCACCACAAGUAACACGGUGAUACAGCAGGGCGUGCCGCCCGUGGACAACCAGGUGGUGGGCAUCCUGAAAAAUGAACGGCUGGAUGACUUCUCAGGCCGUAUGGUCAACAUGCCUCCCCCAUCCCUGCUGCCGCUGCCUCCUCCACAGGGGCCACCCCCGCCAUACCAUGCUCACCAGCACUGGCAUCCACACAGCCUCCCCAGUCACAUCCACCCGCUGCCUGCAGCUCCUUCUGCCCCAGGCUCCCUGCUUGAUGAAGGUGGUGAGCUAGACCAUUUCCCUGGCAAGCAUGGCUGUCGCUGGGUUGACUGCAAUGCGCUGUAUAGCCAUCAAGAGGAACUUGUGCGGCACAUAGAGAAGAUCCAUAUAGAACAGAGGAAGGGAGAGGACUUCUCUUGCUUCUGGGCAGGGUGCCCACGAAGGUACAAGCCAUUUAAUGCCCGUUAUAAACUGCUGAUUCACAUGAGAGUUCACUCGGGAGAGAAGCCAAACAAAUGCACAUUUGAGGGUUGCAAGAAGGCCUUUUCCAGACUAGAAAAUCUCAAGAUUCACUUAAGGAGCCAUACGGGUGAAAAGCCGUACCUCUGUCAGUACCCUGGCUGCCAGAAAGCAUUCAGCAACUCCAGCGACCGUGCCAAGCACCAGAGGACACACCUGGACACUAAACCUUAUGCAUGUCAGAUUCCAGGAUGUACUAAACGAUACACAGAUCCAAGUUCCCUGAGGAAGCACGUGAAAGCCCAUUCCUGCAAAGACCAACAAGUCAGGAAAAAGUUGCGAUCGAGCUCAGAGAUUGGCCAGGACAUUCUGAAUGACUGCCUCGCAAUCCAGCCCCUCCAGCCAGCUCUGUCGUCACAUGAUGCUGCAGAUAACACCAUGGGACACUCCCCAGGGCCAGAUCACGAUACUUACCCAGCGGCCGUGUUCCCCAGCACACAGACAAGUCAAAGUGGAACAGCAACUGGGGCAGUGUCCUUGUCCCACACCAGCAGCCACCCCUCCCCGGGACAUAACGUACAGGGUAGUCCUCUCCAUCCUCCCCCACAGUUACCUCUUCUCUCAGCUGUGGACUCAGAGAGGUUUGUUGGUCCAGCUUCUUCUCACCACAUCAGUCCCCAGAGAAUUUCAGUUCCACAUCACAUGAUGCAGAGACGGACUCCACAACCUCUCCACCUUCAACAGCCUGCAGGAGUGCCUCUAAAGACAUACCAGCCAACAGCAAACCCUUCUUUUCAACCAAAUAGCCUCCACAUCCAAGGUUUUUAUGGGCAGCUUCAGACUUUCUGCCCUCCACGUUAUGCUGACACUCAGAAGAAUGUACAACAUGGUGUUUCUUGCAAUAUGGUUCCUCCUUUUGAAGACAGCUUACUUCCCACAUCAGCAGGCCAGUCGGGGCUUGGCAUUUUCCAUCAGACUUUUUCAGCUCAUUCUGGUAUUACAGUUUAUGACUUACCAGCAGGGUCCACAGGUAUCUUUGGUGAUUCAGCUCGCAGCAUGCCAGAGGAUAGCCGUUCCCCACAAGUAAAUGCAGUGGAUCGUUCCUCUAGCCAGCUUUCUUCUGUGUACACUGAAGGCUAGAGUAAUAUAAAUCUAGUUACAAGAACUUGAUUCCACUUUGUCUUGCCUUUCUGAUAUUUCUCUACAAAAUUUUUCGCUCCAUGAAACUCCCAUGUAUGUAUGGGGAUAUGGGUUGAUAUACAUACAUAAUGGAGAGGAAAAAGCAAUCACUGAGUAUUCAUCAUGUAAUCAAGCAGUCAACUGAGGAGAAUGUUUGGAGAAAGCAAGCUUUGCCAAAACCUCAGCAAUUGUUUCUUUUCUUUUCAUCACAGCACAGCAAAUCUACUUUUUUCAUUCUUUCUUCUUUUUAAUUUCUCAAAGGGAAUUCAGAGAUUGGAUAAGAAAACUGUUUGUUGGCUGUAAUCCUUUCAAGCUGAAUGGGUGGACUUAUUGAAGAACACAGCUUUAGAAAAUUAAAAAAAAAAAAAAAAGAAUAUAAGUAAAACUAGAGCAUUCUAUAAACAUUUCAAAGUCAUACAGCUUUUUGCACAGCAUGUUCACAGGUGAUGCUUCCAAAGUUAAACACACACCAGCAUCAAAAAGGGAGAGAAAUUAGGCAUACAUCCUGGCAUUACCUAUUGGAGGCAUUGGGGUGGCUUCUUUUUGAAGCCAGAGAUCAUCGAUGCUGGAUUUCUUACAGGCCUCAGUUUAGGUGUUUUUUCCUUUCCUCUGUAUUUUUUAAGCUAUACAACAUGGCCAUUGCUAUUUUUCCAAUAUUCUUUCUGACCCAGUGCUUUAUGCAAUGAAUAAGAAGGGUUAAAUGCACUACAUGAGAAGGUACAUGGACUUUGUUAAUAUUUAGCACAGCUACUAAAUAAGAAACAUGUUUAACUUUCGGUUGAUUUUUAAUUAUAUUGUAGAGCUUUAUAUUGCUGUAUGUGCUAUCGUACUCUGUGGGAAGGUUUAAAAUACCCUGUAGAAAAGAUUCUUCCUUAAAUUCUACAGAUUUUUUUAAGAGCAAUCUGUACUGAUGCAAUUAAAUUUUUGUUACCCUAUUGUUCUUCAUUUCUGUAACACAUUUUCAGGAAGAAGAGCUAUUCUUAAAUUUGCUACAUUCCCUCUGGUUGUUUAGAGAUGUAAAAUUGAACCGGUUUGAUGGGUUUGAUUUUUCUAAUCACUGACAGGGUCUGGUCCUUGAAUUUAGUCCAGGAUGCAAGCAAAUGACAUUACUCUUCAUGAAAAGUACACGGGUAUGAGUUAAAAACAGUAUUUUGCAGUGGAGACAUGUCAUCACUGGGGUCCUGUAUACCUUGGGAGCAACUCUUACAUUAUGUAAUACUGAGUGUUUAGGUUGUUAAUGCCUGUUCACCCAUUUUAUGGACUUCUUAGUGUGCAUCUUAAUAUUCUCAUGACCUGAUUUAAUAAGGACAAAAAUCCAAAGUUCAUUCUUGCAGGCUAGACCAUAAGUAUGCUUCUGAAAUCACUCAUCUAGAAUGAUGAAUUUUUUAAAAUGUUUAUACAAACAUUGUUUUUAUCCUGAGAAGCUUUUGAAAGUUGUUGAAUGCAGUUUGGGUCAAAUUCAUAAUUUAAUUUGCCAUUAUGUUGCAUAGAAUAAUUUAUGUCCAGAUGUUUAUAAGCACUGGAAAUCUUUUGAGGUUUAUAUUCACAUGAAGUGUAUUCUUAUAUACAGGCCUAUGUGCUUAUAUAUUUAAUGGAGAGAUUUUCAUCCAUUAAAUAGAAAGAAUAUAUGGAGAAACUAUGCAUAUAAAUUAUGUACAAUAAGAAUAUGGCUUAAAUACGGAUAAUUCUGUACUAAAUUCUUCCUCCUUUUAUUCUGUUUCUCACAUCACAGAUGAAUGUGUCCCUCUGCUUCAGCCUGCAAUAGGAGAUCUAGCUGUUACUAUGUGUGGUUUGCACUGGGUUAAAUGACAUCAGGCUUCCCUACACAGCUACACAUGCACAGGCAAAAAGAUACUCCUUUUGCAUUAAUGUACGAUCUGGCCCAGUGCACUGACCGCAAGUUUCAAUUUUAAAUAAAGCUUUAAUUCUGUGCUAUAUUAAAGACUAUUCUAUGGUCACUGCACAUGCAUAACUUGGUUCAGCAGGAGUAAUUAAGCACACCGAGCACUUCAAUUUCAAAUGUGGAGGACUGUUUUGUUCCACCAAAAUCAGUAAGAGCAGUGUGUACAUAUGAAUGUAUACAUACAUCCAUACUUUUGUAUAGAUAAAUCCUUUAAGUUUCUUUUAACCACACGGUUGUCCAAAAUUUGACAGUUGCUCUGUACAAAACUGAAAUACUAAUGCUGACUUCAGAUCUGUAACACCCUGACUUUUAAAUCUUUUGAAAUAUUUGUUCUAGUAUUUGAGUGUACGAGCUGUCAAGUAGAGAGAGAGCUUAUACAUCAUGAAUGACCCUGACCAAAGGGAAAGUAGGAAUACAGAAUUCAAAAAGGGGAUUUGUAAUUUGGGUGUGCAUCAGUUACAUUUAAAAAAGGAAACUUUUGUGAAUCACUCAUUGUUUCAUAUAUAUAUAUUUACAGCUUCCUGUGAGCCUUAGUCUUAAAAAGAAGGAGAUAGUCAAAUUAAGCACAUGAGAGUAGGCUACCAGUCUGUAAAAAGGUAUGCCUUUGUUUACUUCUGUAUCAAAGACAAAGAGAAUUCUUCAUGAUUAUUUCAUUAUUCUCUUUGGACUCAGACUGACUUUGGGGGAUCAACUUAUAUCACUGAGGUCAAUUGUAUUAAAAAUAACUGUUUUAUCUCAUGUAUUUUGGAUAUUUAAAUAGAGAUUUGUGUUUGUCACAUGUUAGAAUGAAAAAUGGUGCUUGUGAAAAUACAUAGUGUAAAGUCAGUUACUGACUUAUAUGCAAAUAUUUGUGCCUCAGUGAUUUUUCUGUUGUUAUUCUACUUGCUGGAUUGUUAACUUUCUAAAGGGAUUCGUAUCUAAGAGAUGAAGUUAUUUUAGACUGUGGACAUUAAACAAUAUUCUAAUGAAUUUAUUUACAAUCAUUCUUUUAUUCAGUUGUCCUAUUUUCAGACCCAAGUGGUCUAUUUUUAUCUGCCUUAGAAAUGCAUCUACACUGGAGUUUAAAAUGCAGUUUCAAAGCACCUGUGUACAUAUGUGAGUGUAUGAGAGUGCAUGUGUGUAUUUGGAUCUUCCUUUCUAUGUAUAUAUAUAUACAUGAAUAUAUACACACAUAGACACACAUACAUAAGGCAUUAUGGUUUACUAAUACUGGAUGCUGAAGUAUUGCAGUGCUAAGGCCAUCUGUCACAUUGUAUUUUGUUUUCAGCUUUCUUUGAGAAAGUGUGAAUGAGGAUAAAAACUACAUUUUAAUUGUUUAUUCCCUGUUUCCCCUCUGUAAUUUUAUAAUAGAUUUAUUUAAACAGCACUUUUUUGUUAUUUGUAUGAAAUUUUGUUGUUUUUUUUAAUAUAUAUUUCCUAGGAAUAGAUAAUGCAAAAGAAAAAAAAAACCCACAAUUUAAAAUUAGCUGAGUGGGGUUUUAUUUAAGAAAUAAAUCCCCUUACUCUGUACAGAAAGCAGCAUCUUGUGUAAUAUUUUUUACACAAAGCACUUUGGUGAGGAGAGAAAGCGGGAGUAUGUUUUUCCUGAACAUUACAGAGUAUUCAGCAUAUUUAUACAUGCUUACAUAUACACAUAUGAACUCAAUUUGCCAUACUGUUUAUCUGGCUGAUACUUGCUCUAAAUACAUGUCUGUUGCAUACCAUGAAAAAUAAUUUUUCAAAAGAAUUAGUUACACUUUUUUCUCUACUAGUAUGUAUAAUUUUGUGAUUUGUUACAGUUAUUUUUCAUAUAAUCGUAAGUUAUUUUUGUCCUGUUUCAUAAAAUUCUUUCUUACAUAAAAGGUAAAAUUGAAAGGUGUAUGUGCAUGGUACAAAAUAAAUGUGGAAAAUUAUAACUCAAUGACAUGACCAGUAGAAUGUCUUAUUGUGAGAUGCCUUUAAAGAAGACUGCUCCAGCCAUUGUCCUUCACCAUAGAACUACUAGUAUUUGUAUGGGUUAGUAUAAUUAGAAACAGAAAUAGAAAAAAAAAUCUCAGAUAUUUCUCUAAAAAACACUUGGGUCAGAGUUUUAA